AUGAAUGAAGCGCAUGAAAUGCGUAGAAGAGAAGGAAGUUCUGAAGGAGACUCCAGCAACAAGGACAGCUCUGGAGCUAACAUGGUGAAUUUGUUUUAUGUAACAUUGGCGGAUGUUGCCGUGGAGGAGAGAGCUGUUUGUCCGGUGAUUAAAGCUCCAUCUCUAGCUUCUCCAGCCACACCCCGCCUCUCUGAACCCGCCCCAGGCUGGCGAGGUCUUUCCUCCCAGGCUGGACACCUAGGCGCAGUCUACUGGCGCUCCAGCCACAGGCUGAUUCGAACACAGGCAGCUCUUUGUUCCCCUGGAGCCUUUCAUUGCAGAAUGUCCUUGGGGCUGCUUCCCAAAUGGAGGUAUUUCCAUGUCACCAUCCUCCUCUUGGUGCUUUUGAGUCUUCUCUUGGGAAGCUUCCUCAACACACAAGUCAGCCUGAUGGUUCCUCUCUUCAGUGGCCAGGAAUCCUUCUACCCUGUUACCAACAUCAUGUUCCUCAAGACCCACAAGACCGCCAGCAGCACCGUUAUGAACAUCCUGUAUCGGUUCACAGAGAAGCGGAACCUCACGGUGGCCCUGCCUGCUGGGCAGCUCUUCCACCUGGGCUACCCCUGGCUCUUCCUGACCAAGUAUGUGGAGGGAUUCAAAACCCUGAAUGGGACCUUCAACGUCAUGUGCAAUCACCUGAGAUUUAACCCCCCAGAGGUACAGAAAGUCAUGCCAAACAACACUUUCUACUUUUCCAUAUUGAGAAACCCAAUUUUCCAGCUGGAGUCCUCUUUUGUUUAUUACAAAGGAUAUGUGCCUGCUUUUCGGGAGACAAAGAGUCUGAAUGAGUUUUUGGUAUCUCCACUGACAUACUAUGAUAAAAACCUAUCUAUAAAAAAUAUGUAUGCCAAGAAUAGCAUGUGGUUUGACUUUGGCUAUGAUAACAACAAAAGUGGCAAAGAUUAUGUGCAGGGUGUCAUAAAGGAGAUCCAGCAACAGUUCCAGCUGAUCCUGAUUUCUGAGUAUUUCGAUGAGUCCAUGGUCCUCCUGAGGAACAUCUUGCAUUGGGAUCUGGAUGAUGUGGUCUACUUCAAGCUAAACUCACGGAGUAAGAAUACAAUCCAGAACCUGACCAGGCAGAACCAGGAGAGAGUAAAGGAGUGGUGUGCUUUGGACUGGGAGCUUUACCAGCAUUUCAACAGGACCUUCUGGCAGAAGAUCAGGGAGGUCGUUGGGCUGAAGAAACUACUGAAGGAAGUAACUCUCUUGAGGGAAAGGCAGCGGGAGCUCAUGGACAUUUGCAUCCAGGAUGGGAAGCCAAAGAAUAAGACACAAAUCAAAGACAUGAAGCUCAGGCCCUACCAGUCUGGGCAGGCCAACAUCCUGGGCUACAAUCUCAAACAACACUUAGACAAUGAGACCCUGAUCAUGUGUCAGAGGAUGGUGAUGCCCGAGAUACAGUACAUGUCCCACUUGUACUCUCAGCAAUUCCCCACAAACCCCCCUAAGAAGAUCAGGCUGUAG